UGAGAUUCUCAUAUUACAAAUACUUUAUCAAGCACGCACGCUGCUUGAAAUACUUUUGUAAUCUCGUGUAUGGGUUAGCAUAGCAUGUGCGAUUUCGAAACACCAUAGAAGGACAAAUAGCUACUGUAUUAUUGGUAUUAUGGUAAAUAUUGGUGACAAUCGUGACUAUAGGUCUGUAUUGGUCACGUAGUCUGGUGUGACGCCAUAAUAAUCAACAUGGCGGCUACUGCUUGCAACGGAAAGCAAGCAUUUAUAAUUUGCACAAUUUUAAAACGAUGCUCGGCAUCUUACAUUAGCAAAUACGGGUUGAAUUCAAAUCAAAAAUCCAGAAUAUUACAAGGUGGAAAUUUUCUUUUAUCAAGAACUUUCGUCAGAGCCAGCGUUAAAGAAGAUACCGAAUUUGUGAGAGAACAAAUCAAAUUCAAACCUGGAAAUGAAGAUCAAAUUGAAGAGAUGAUGAAAAAUGUCCAGAAAAAAACAGGAGUCAUAGUCAAGCUACAAAAAAGAGAACAUGGCAUUCUUAUUGGAGGAACAAGACAAGAAGUUCAACAAGCUGUCUUAAAUAUCAAGUCUUCAAUGAAACAAGAUGGUCAAGAUAAAAGUAAUUUAGUCACACAAGACAGUGAGUUUGAGAGGACAGGUUUUACUAAAGAGAAGCCAAUCUGGGCAUAUUAUAGAAGGAAUUUUAAAGGACAAAAGCCUCCAAUGAAAACAAGAAAAAAAUGUAUCAGAGGCAAGGGAAACUCACAGAAGGUUUCCGGAAAUCCCUGUCCGAUUUGUCGAUUAUAUCUCGCUGGAGAAUAUGAACUUGAUUACAAGGAUGUUGAUUUGCUUGAACAAUUUAUAUCUCCACAUACAGGAGAGAUAUUUGAUUCAGCAAAGACAGGUGUUUGUAGACAUCAACAAAAAAAUCUUAUAGAUGUUAUUCAAACAGCUAAAAACUAUGGUCUGCUUCAUUACACAAUACCAGGCCCACGUAGCAUUCAAAAGCCUAUACAACAUGCUAAAAUACCAGUUAAUGUUCGACUUAAAUAAGUGAAACUUAUUAUGUACUAGUUAAGGUGUUAUGGAACAUUGUGAAUUGCCCCUCAACUGUCAAUUCUUUAAUGGAAUGUAACACAAUGGUUGGCUAUGAUGAUGUAUGGAAUAGAUGUGACCUCUAUAAGACAUCUUUAGUAUUGUGGAUAGGAGUCUAAAUAUAAUUACAUUGUAAUUAUUCAUAGUAUGUUGUUAAUAUAUUCAUUUAUGAGUAGCCUACAGUCCA